AUGAGGAUUCCCAAGGGUAUUAGAAAUCGUUUGACAGGUCCAAGGGCUGAGAGAAGUGAACUUACUAGGGUGGAAGCAUGUUUCAAGUUUAUCAAAGAUGAGCUCAUGGUGAUUUUGAUCUGGAUUGCAUCGAUUAAACUGUUUGUGAUACUGUAUCGACAAUUACAGAAUGUGUUGAUUGGUGUGGUUAGAGUGGGGCCAGUUCCUAGACAUGUGUCUUUCAUUAUGGAUGGUAAUCGACGUUACGCCAAAGGACGCGGUAUGUCGGUUAAAAGAGGUCAUGAAGCAGGAGGAUUGGCCUUAUUAAACCUUUGUUACGCUUGCAAGAAUAUUGGAAUCAAAUGUGUAUCUGCAUAUGCAUUCUCUAUUGAAAAUUUCAAUAGACCCAAGGAAGAAGUGGAUAAUUUAUACAACAUGUUUGCUGUGAAGUUAGACGAGUUUGCUCAAAGGGCUAACAGUUUCAAGGAUCCAUUGUAUGGAGCACGCAUCAGGAUCGUUGGUGAUCAUUCGCUAGUGUCCCAGGAGAUGAGGGAUAAGAUAAAAAAUGUUGAGAAACUCACCAAGGAUGGUGCUGAUUUCACAUUAUACAUUUGUUUCCCAUACACUUCAAGAAAUGAUAUCUACCAUACAGUCCAUGAUUCUAUCGAGAAAUCUUUGAAGGAGAAAUCAGAUCUCGGAAAAUUCACAGUCUCUGCCUUCACUGAGCGGAUGUACCUUGAUGACUUUUCGAACAAAUGUGAUUUGCUUAUUAGAACUAGUGGUCAUAUGAGGUUGUCUGAUUACAUGUUGUGGCAAUCUCAUGAGAACUCUGAUAUUCAGUUUACUUCGACUCUUUGGCCCGAUUUUGGCUUUAUCAAAUUUUAUCUAAUGCUGCUAAGGUGGUCUUUCUUCACAAGUAUUCAGAGGUAUGCCGAUGCAGGCUUUUCCAUCAGAGAAAAGGUUAUUAGUUUCAUCCCGUUUUUGGCCAACAAAAAGAUCGCUUUGGACUCCUUACCUACAGCUCCGCUCGCAGUCUCCAUCACCGGAGAACACGACUAA